GCAAGAUGGAUCCCCCGAGCUCCUUGCAGGAGCCUGGUUCCCAGCCGGGGGGCGGAGGCAGCCGGGUCCCCCGGGGCUCCCCGGACCUACCGCUGCCGGAUCCCCGCGAGCGGCAGGACUUGGAUCGGCCUGCCCUGGGCGAGGAGGGGAGCGGCCCGACACAGGAGCUAGUGGUCGCUGCGGCAGGCUACCAGGUGCCGGUGGGGUUCGAGGAGGUGGCUGUGUAUUUCUCCAGGGAGGAGUGGGGGCUCCUGGACGAAGGGCAGAGGCAGCUCUACAGGGACGUCAUGCAGGAGAAUUACCAGACUCUGAUCUCGCUGGCAGGAUUCCUCGUCCCUGUCCUGGCUGUGAUCCCCUGGAUGGAGCGAGGGGAAGAGCCGAGGGUCCUGGAUAUCCAGGGCUCCCAGGAAAGGGAGAACCUGAUGGUCAUUUGUACAGUAGGUGCUGGGAUGGAGAAGGAUAAUCCCAAGCAGGAGGGGCCUGCAGGAAGGGAGCCUCAUGUGAUGUCCCGUAGUGCUGAGCAGGGAGAGGCCAGCAGGGCUGGAUGGCAGCAGGAGACAGAGGUGAUAUCUCCGGAUGAGACGGACAUCAGGGUGGUGACAGCGCACAGUGACGCCCAGGCUGAGGUGCGGCCUUACAGCUGCUCGGACUGCGGGAAGAGCUUCAGCCAGAGCUCCCACCUGGUCCAGCACCAGCGCACUCACACGGGCCAGAAGCCCUACAAGUGCACUGAAUGCGGGAAGAGUUUUGUCCUCAGAUACAACCUCAUCGAUCACCAGCGCAUCCAUACCGGAGAGCGCCCCUACAAGUGCAGCCAGUGUGGAAAGGGCUUCAUCCGGAGUUCCCACCUCUUCCAGCACCAGCGCAUCCACACGGGUGAGCGACCCUACCAGUGCACCAAGUGUGGGAAAAGUUUCAAAUGCAGCUACACCCUGGUGAAGCAUUACCACACUCACGUUGGGGAGCAGCCUUGCUUCUGCAGCGAGUGCGGGAAGAGCUUCAGCCUGGGAUCCUUUGCCAAGCAUGUCCGCACCCAUACAGGCGAAAAGCCCUACAGCUGUGCCGAGUGUGGCGAGAGCUUCAUAAGCAGUUCCAACUUGAUCCAACAUCGGCGCAUCCACACUGGGGAGAAACCCUACAGCUGUGGCCACUGUGGGAAAAGCUUCAGCCAAAGCGCCAACCUCAUCAAGCACCGGCGCAUCCACACCGGAGAGAGACCCUACAGCUGCCCCGAGUGCAGCAAGACCUUCAGUCAGAGCUCAUCACUCAUGCGGCACAGGCGGAUCCACCGCAGAGACCAGCCUUACGAGUGCAUCGAGUGUGGGAAGCGCUUUCGCUGCAAUUCAUCUCUGAUGAACCACCAGCGCAUCCACACCGGGGAGCGGCCCUACAAGUGCCCCGAGUGUGGGAAGGGUUUCAUCAAUAGGUCCAGACUCACCAACCACCGGCGCACCCACACUGGAGAGCGGCCCUACAAAUGCACCGACUGCGGGAAAGGCUUUGGAGACAGCUCCGCGCUCAUGAAGCACCAGAGGACACACACCAAGUAGACACCCGGCAGAUGGAGAAUGGGGCACUGGUGGCUCUCAAGAGGGUGAAAUUGACAUGUCCUGGGGAACAGGGGCCACUACAGAGGAGAACAUUGAUAUGCCUUCUGGGGGAGCUGGGAGGGACAAGGGCACCUUUAGAGAGAGUAAAUUGGCUUCCUCUCUUCCCACCCCCUUUGCUCAGCAAGAUGUACUAAUUCAUCUCGGAAGCCUUGGCUCCUAUCCCCAAUGCAUGCCAGUGCCCUAGAAACCUCCCCCUUCCCCUCUUUCCAGUGGAUCAAGGUUCUGAUGGCCUCUGCAAAGAUCCCAAAAUGGCAGGAAAAGCUAAGGUAACUUGUCUAGCAUUGAUUUGUAGAGAGGAAGUAAGCAAACAUAGUGUGAUAUGGUGAUUAGGGCUGGGAGUUAGGACUCCUGGGUUCAAUCCUUAGAGAGGGGAAUGGGGUCUAGGGCUGGUAU